AUGUCAUCUUCCAACGCCAAGUUCCAGCUUUACACAUACUUCCGGUCCUCAUGCGCCGGCCGCUUACGGAUCGCCCUGAACCUGAAGUCGACGCCCUAUGAACCGGUCUUCGUUAACCUGCUGAAAGGAGAACAGCUCUCUGAUGAGCACAGAGAGAUCAAUCCCAAUGCUACCGUGCCGGUCCUUCUGUCCACUUACCAGGAAAAUGGCAAGAGCACAAAAUUCAAGGUCACCCAGUCUCUCGCGGCAUUAGAAUACCUGGAAGAGUCGCUACCCAACACUCGCGCCCUUCUUCCACCGGUAUCUAACCCAAUGGCUCGGGCCCAGGCACGUGAAUUGGCGCUGUUGAUUGCAACAGACAUCCAGCCAGUGACCAAUUUGCGUGUUCAGAAGAAGGUGAAGCAACUAGAUGCAGAUGCGACCAAGUGGGCAUUGGAGCUUUCCGUUGCUGGAUUCACAGCCUUUGAGAAGACAAUUGUUCAUUCUGCAGGGAAGUUCUGUGUGGGAGACGAGAUUACGCUAGCGGAUGUGUGUCUGGUGCCUGCCGUGUGGUCUGCGGAAAGAGUAGGCUUGAAGCUUGCCGAUUAUCCGACUACCAAGAGGAUCUAUGACUUGAUGCUGGAGGAGGCAGCUGUCAAGGAGGCAUUCUGGCAGAAUCAGCCUGAUACACCAGAGGAAUUGAGGAUGAAGUAA